UAGCCGGUUUCUACACACAGCACUACACCCAACGAUGGCCACACUGUGACAGACCUGGGACACAAUCAGGUGCCUUUUCCCUUUUCGUGUUCGAGGUGACAAAAUCGGUUGACAUGGCGUCCCUGGAGGAAGAGUUGACCUGUUCGUUGUGGCGUGACGUCUUCAGCCAGGCCCAGUCCCUGCUGUGUGGCCACAGCUUCUGCCCGGCCUGCGUACGGGACACCUGGGGGCACAGGAAGGCUGGGGUCAGGGGUCGCUUCACCUGCGCACAGUGCCAGGAGGAACAAGGGGUAGUGGCGUGUGACUGCUGCCCACCUGUGGGGGACAAGGAUGAGGCGGGGACCACCGUGGCGGUGAAGACCUGCCUGCGCUGUGAGGUGUCUCUGUGUGCAGAGCACCUGCGGCCCCACCUGGAGCGGCCCGCCUUUAAGACACACCUGCUGGUGGAACCCCUGGGAGAUCUGUCUCACCGCAGGUGUCCCGCCCACAAGGAGAUGUUCCUCUACUACUGUGCAGACGAGCGGGUGUACAUGUGUUCAGAGUGCCUAUUGGAAGGUGGCCAUGCACAGCACCGCAUUAAAGGACUGAGGAAGGUGGAGGAGGACUUCAAGGUCCUCCUCAAGGGCCUUCUCCAGAAAGCAGAUGAAAAGCUGAAUGAAGGUGAACGGAUCCUCCAAGAGUACCAGAACACUGACCUCACUAUAACAGACAUGUCUGUGGCAAAUGACUCCCAGGUGGAACGUAUGGGUGUAGAUCUGCAGCUGCAGGUGGAGAGGCUAGUGCUGGCCCUGAGGGAGAGCACCUUGAGGGAGAGGCAGAAGGUCAUGGAGCGCCUGCAGAACGACUGCAGCAGGGUGAGGGUGGACCUGAGUAAGACCCAGGACAUUCACCACUACCUGGCAUCCUUGCUGGAGGAGACAGACCCCUUCCUGCUCAUCUGGGCAUUUAAUUCUGAUGACUCAAGGCUGCUUGUGGACCUGAACUGCCCCUUGUUCACCCCUGACCCUGUCAACCUGGACAGGAAGUACAUUGUGGAGGACAUUGAGAGCAAGCACCGACAGUUCAUCACCGAGACGCUGCACUGUCUCACCGAACUCAAGAGAGAGCUCUUGACAAGUCCGUUGACUCUGGACACUAACUCCGCCCAUCCUCUCCUGAGCAUUUCUGAUGGCCUGCGGUCAGCUAUGCGGGUCAAACACCGCCUUCCGUGUGCCACUCACCCCGACCGCUUCGAUCACUGGGCUCAAGUCCUGACUGUCCAGACAUUCUCCUCUGGAAGCCAUUACUGGGAGCUGGAAGCAGAAGGCUUCUGGGACAUUGCGGUGUCCUACCGGAGCAUCGGGCGGAAGGGGAAGGUGGGCAAUGCCUUUGGAAAUAACAAGAUGUCUUGGAGCUUGACACAGCAGCAUGAUAGAAAGCUAGCCGCCUGGCACAACCGCAGGAAGACACACAUCUCCAGUCGAAUGUCGGGCAACCGUGUUGGCGUGGCCCUGGACUAUGGCGCAGGCACCAUCACCUUCUCUGAGGUGGGGCCAUCCAACACCCUGACCCACCUGCACAACUUCACCACCUCCUUCAGCCAGCCCGUGUGCCUGGGCUUUGGCCUCUACAAAGCUGAACUCCAUAGCAGAAUCUCCAUAGUGAGGGUGUGAGAGAUCAUCAGGAACCAGAGAAUUAGAAUGGGGUGGGAGUUCAAGGAUAGAGACUUGGUGGGAGGUUUCCUUCUGGAACAUCUCCCGGGACCUCAUGAGGGAUUGGACGAUGAACAAUAGAGCUUGUGUGAGCAUGACAAAUGGUAAGACUACAUUCUUACAGAGCUCAGGAUUCAAAGUACUAUGAACUAUGACUUUGAAUCAGUAGGGAAUGGAUGGGUAUGUCCUACUUGUAUCAUAGUUUGGAGGAAUUUGAAAGACCCAAGCAACUUGGACCCAAGAGAGAGUUUUAAUCAAAUACAUCCAAACUACAGGACAAUAUUCUAAAGAAAAUGUAACAUUCAGUGGAUAGUUCUAGAUUCUUGUGUUGUAACAUAGCUAUGGGGUCUCAUUUCCUUUUCUGAGUUUGUUUAGACUAUUUUUUUCUGCAUAUAAUAAUCAAAAUGGGUUCUUUGGGGCACUCGUGUACCAAGCUAAAUAACCCAAAUAGUGUUGAGAAAAAAAGAGAUGGAAUGUGUGUGGACUGAACCAUAUUGUAGUAUAGAUAACAGAAUCAUCAGGCAUUAGAAUCUUUCACAAAAGUGAAAUUAUGUACGGCAUUAUAUUGAAAGGGAUUCGCUUGAAGAUGCUCAAGGUAGAUUCACAUGCUUUAAAUCAAUGUCAUAGUUCGUGUCAGACUAAACAAUGUCACAAAAUUACCUUCAACAUUAAAACAUCUCAGAUGCAAUA